CGUGCUUUGCUUCAUAAAUAACAAAGGAGCUUCGGAAUAAUGAAAAAGUUGCAGGAAGAAGAACAGCAAUUGCUUUUUGAUUACGACGGUCCGAGCGAUUCAUCCUCAAUUGCUGCUGUUGACUUUUCAGGGACCAUUGAAAAGUCCGGUGAUGAAUCGGCUAGCUUUGAACGGGCUAUGCAUUUGGCAGGCCAUGGUCGAUAUCACGUAUCGCUUAUGCUUGUAUGCGGGCUAAUUUCGAUUGCAACUGGUUUUCAAAAUAGUUUAAGCGCGUACAUACUACCAGCUGCGCAAUGUGAUCUUGAUCUCACCUCUACUGAAAUGGGAUUACUCAACGCUGCAAUUCCACUUGGAGGUACAUUAAGCGCAAUGUUAUGGGGCGUCCUCGCGGAUGCAACCGGUCGUAGGCAUAUUAUGAUAUGGUGCCUGUUGAUCGAUGGCAUUGUCACGUUACUCUCCAGCUUAUCCCAAAAUUUUCCUAUACUAUUUAUACUUCGGUUUAUCAAUGGAUUCGUGAUAGGUGGACCUUCAACGGUAAUAGUUUCAUUCCUUGGAGAAUUUCAUCCUGAAAAAACGAGAGCUACGGCUAUUUGUUAUCUCGGUAUGUUCUGGACUAUUUCAGGUAUAGUUCUACCUGGUUUUGCGUGGAUUAUUAUUCCUCUUGAAUUUAACGUUGUGGUGUGCGGGCUCGUGUUUAACUCGUGGCGAUUAUUUGUUGGGAUUUUGGCCAUUCCCAGUUUGGUCUCCGCAUUUCUCAUAUCAAAGUAUCCCGAAAGUCCAAAAUUCUUAAUUUCCCAAGGGAAGCACAAAAAGGCGUUACAGAUCUUGCGGGAAGUUUUCGCUUCAAACACUGGUAUGCAAGCACAUCAAUAUCCGGUCGCGGUACUUACUUACGAUCAUCAUAAAUCUAACGAUGAAUGUAAUUCUAUAAAAGCAACUGUCAGCAAAAUGUCGGAGCAGCUGCACCAAGUGUUUGCUCCUCCGUUACUGAAAUAUACAGCUUUGAUUUCGUUUAUCAUGUUCACGAAUAUGUUUGGGGGCCUCGGGCUGGGCUUGUGGUUUCCGGAAUUGUUUAAUCGGUUCGAAGCUUACUACAAGUCGCAUCCUAACCAAACUAUAACGGUAUGCGAGCUGGCACAUCUUCGAGAAGAAAAUUUGGGACUCACAAACUUACAGUCCGUGGGACAUGUACACAUCAGUUCAAACUUCACUUCUCAGAUUAUUUCCAUUGCCUCCAAUUUGACAUCAAUAUCCGUUGAUGAUACGUUUGAAAAAUGCGACAGUUUCGUCGAUGAUAAAGUUUUCAUCAACACGAUAAUAAUGGGACUUAGCUGUCUACUGGGAAACUUCGCUUCUAUUCUCUUAGCUGGACGUUUGGACCGCAGAAUUAUGCCGAUUGCCACAGGAGUGAUUUCUGGAAUAGCUGGAGUCCUGAUCUACUUUCUUCGAUCUUCGACACAGAAUCUGAUUGUUGCUUGCUUAUUCUCUUCUCUCUCGUCAACGGCAAAUGUUGUCAUUUGUAGUGUCAUAGUUGACGUCUUUCCAACUAAUGUUAAUUCAAUGGCUAUGUGCGCUGCGACAUUAGCCGGACGAUUUGGCGCAAUUAUCAGCAAUUUGUUGUUCGGCUUGCUAUUUAAGACUAGCUGUGAAAUUCCUAUUUUUCUGAUAGGAGGUCUCGUUACAUGUGGCGGAAUCCUUGGAAUAUAUUUACCAAAAAAUCUGGUUGAUGUUCCAGAAAAAAAUAGGAGAAGCUUUCCAAUCCCACAAAAAAAUCUCCCGGAAGACAUGGAGAAACAAAUGUUCAAUCCUGCAGGCUGACUUUUUUUUAGUAAAUUGUUUAGCAGCGCAUAUUCCGCCAGGAAUGCAG